AUGAUGUUGCAUGGAUACAUGUACGAAAAUAAGUAUGGCUAUGCUAUGCACACAGUACCCCCCUUCAGUUCUGGAAUCCUACAAGUGCGAUGCGAUGCGAGACACAGGGCCGGCCACCAGCAACCAUGGCGUGACGCCGGCCUGUUUUCUCAUGUAGACAGAGAUAUGGCGGCCGGUAACGGUAGAAGUUUCAAUUUUUACCAUACAAUUCAUGUUUCAUGA